CCAAUCAAGUCAUUUGCUCAACUUAGUUGCUGAAGAGAUACAAGGUGAGUUAUUUAGUGCAACAAUGAAAAAUCAAGAAGAAGAGGUAAACACUUUACUCUUGGAGAUUGAAGGACAACUUGAAGAAGUGGAAAUUAUGCCUGCAGAAACUAAACAAGAGGAUGUCCCUAAGGAGGAAGAGGAAAAAGCUCAGAAAAACACUUAUGAGGAUCCAUUUGAGAUUUACCUUAUUCAAGAAAAGAACCCAAUCAAAAAAUACAUAAAUUGCUUGAACACAUCAUCUUCCUUGGAAUCAAAGGGGGCACUCCUAGAAGAAUUGGGAAGGCACAUCUACUGGCCUAAACCCAAACCACCUCAAAAUAGUCAUUGGAGAAAAUCUUAUGGUGGAUUCAAUUUAAGGGCAAGAAAGCCAAGAUUCAAGAAAACAAGAGGACAUGCCCUACGACCUGAUCCAAAACCACCUUGGAGUGGUAGAAAGUCUAGCUAACGACUAUAAAUUCAGCGCUUCUUGGGAGGCAACCCAAGCAUAAAAUUUUUCUUUUCUUUAAUUUAUUUUUCUUUUAUAGUUCAAAUUUUCUUUUAAUUUUUUUUCUUUUUCUCUUUAUGGCCUAGGUUAAUGCAUAAAUUGUUGUUCUUUGA